AUGGAGGUCAAGGACACCCGCGGAGCCGCAGGUGAGGGGCUGGAAGGCAGCACCUCAGCCCGGGCAGGGACCUACCCGGUGGAUCUCCUGGAAGAUGACCCCGAGGGCCAGCAGGAGGCGGCUCACUACGCCUCACUUGGGGUCGGGACGCCGCCCUUCUCCGGGGAGCAGGUGAAACUUGAAACUUCAUCUGUUUGCUUUUGCCCUGUUUACCGGGAUGAACCUCAACACAAAAUACUGGUUUUGGUUAAUCCCCGGGACACAAAGACAGUUGUAGCUGUUUACUUAAAGGAAUCCUGGUGGUCCCUGGAAGAUGUGCUCAGAACCGCUGACCCAGCAAGAGAAGGUCUCAGGAAGGUUCAGUCCUUUGGGGAAAGGAUUGUACUUUUCAUUCUGAAUGUCAUUAUUUUUGGAAGAUUGGAGAGAAAGUUGGAUGAUGAUGAUAUGUUUUUUUUACCUCACUCUGUGAAGGAGCAAGCUAAAAUUCUGUGGAAAAAUGGAGCAGCUGUUGGAUUUUACACAACCAAAUUGAAAGGCAGUCUGUGUAGCAACAGCACUGGCGCGUCCUAUCUGUUGCCUGUUUUCGAUACUGUGUUUGUCAGAAGGACACACCGUCGCCAAGGCCUGGGAACAGCCAUGCUGAGGGACUUCUGUGAGACCUUUCCAGAAGAUGAGGCCCUGGGCAUCAGCUAUCCGAUUUCUCCUGCCAUGUUCCAAGUCUGCAGGCACUUCCUGCUGGCCUGUCCAGAGCUUCGGGGUCGCCUGUGGGAGGUGGAGCCCCCCGGGACCUGGGACCAGCGCAUCAACAUCUGGCUCCAGGUUCAGCUUCAACAGGCAGGACUUCCGGAUGGAGCAGUGCCUUGGAGAAGAAGUAGAAAAUAAGAAUGAUCAAGAACACGGAGCGAAAGAAGAGGAAGCUGGGCUGCUCCUGAGACUGCUGACCUGAGAGAUCUGGAAGGGAAGAAAAGCCAAGAGGCUGGGACCUCACAGGGCUACGUCAAGAGCUCUCCUAACUCCAGCUCCUGACUUGCCCAGCUUCUGUGGCCCUGAGCCUUGGGUGUUUCAGGAGACAAAGGCCCAAGGCCCUGCUGAUUUCUGACUUCCUUCUGGUGCUAGCUCCAGGACUAGACUGGCUGAGACAGUGCUGGUGUAAGCAGUAGGCUCUCUACAGGGGCAUGGGUGUCCUCCCAGUUCCCCCAGCCAACUGUGGGCAGUCCGGAAAGAUUCCAGAAGCUCACUGUUUAAACGUGAUAUAAUUUCUGCUGCUUAGGAUAAACGUGUGAAGCAGCACUGGGACCAUGUGACAGUUUCCCUGAAUAACUUCCCCCCGUAGUGCAAGUGGCCUCAGAGAGGGGCCUCACCGUUCUGAGCCAUGCUGUAGAAAUCCUUUCCACCUUCAGCCCUGAUGAGACCAUGAGAUCACAGACACCAGAAUUUCCAGGGAGAUAAGUUCCUUUUCUGGGGACACUUCAGUCACUCCAGAGCUCCCUGGGGGUAGGGCUGGGGCUGGAAUGGUGCCCACCACAGGUCUUGGCUCCUAGGGACCCCGUGUGCAGAACUCAGGGUAGGUUCUGGUGGGCUUCUGUCCUCACCUGAUUUAGAUGGGAACUGGUGGGUGGGAAUCUGGAUGGAGGGCCCUUCUGCCCUAUGGAAAGGCUUGUGGUGGUAAAAGUAACUAAAAACCACAGCCUAACCCAGGGUGGCCUUGGCUUCCCCCUUCCCACACAUCUCCCGGCUUGUGGGGGACUUCUACUUGGCCAUGUUGGGGCUGCAGAGCCCAGCCUGGAUAUGCCCCCAGGCCUGGUGCACACAGCUCCGCAUAAGCCAGGCUUAUCAUGGGGCUGGGACCUGCUCCCUGAAGGCUGGGCACUGCUUUCUCUGUGAUAGUCCCAGAUGCAGAUGUGCAGUAGGAUUUUCCCCAGAGAAAGCUGCUCAGCCCUCCUGAGGUUGACAGUCCAAGUUCCAGCCCCUACUUCUUGGUGCCUGCAGAUCUGACUACAUCACUGAAGAUCCCCAGACCCCUCUGUGGCUUAUGGUGGCCUUUGAGAACCCAGGGACUGUCUCUGUGGGUCUGCUGGCUCUGCUCCUUCCCCUCUGUGUCCUGUUUGCCUGGGCUGGAGGAUCUCUGGUCUCUUCUUUCAGGGCUUGUGUAUGUGACCAUGACACUCAUUGCCUUGGAUUGCCUUGGGCAUGUGCUCUUUCUUACACACAUACACAAACACACACACACAGACACACACACUCAGUCAGGCUCACUUCCACCUAUUCAUCUAUCCAUACAUCUGUCUGUCUAUACAGCUCUCUUCUGUCUUUCCCUUCCAUCCUCUACUUAUCUCAAUUAUUUACUACCCAUCUAUAUAUAUUCUCACUGAUUUAUGUCUCCAUUCAACUCUCCAUCCAUCACCCAUCCAUCCAUCCAUCCUUCAUCUGUUGUCCUCUCUCCCUCCCUUCCUUCCUUCCAUUUAUCUUCCCACACAUCUGUCUCUCUCUGUCCAUCCUCCAUCCAUUUGUCUCCUUGCCUCCCUGCCUCCCUCCCUCCCUCCCUCCUUUCCUCCCUUCCUUCCCGUCACACAAUAUUCUGCAUGCUUUCUCAGGGACAAGCUCUGUUCUUUGCACAGGUGUGAAAUGGGCUACGAUUUCUGGCCCGGGGAAACUCUUCUUCCUGGAAGGGAUCCUUCUGGAGUGUCCACUGGAGUUUUAUCUCUCUUGAAUCCAUUACACAGAGGGAAGUGUCCAACUUACUAGAAGUAGGAUUUAGAACUCCAUACAGGGACAUCAUGAAGCUGUUCUACUUCUCUGCGAAGAAGGCUCAGAGCACAGAAGGGGUCUUGAGUCUGCAGCCACAAGUGCUGUGUGAUACCAGAAACCCCCUUUCCGAUGGGAUGCAUGGACUAUGCAUACUGUGGUAUUUGCAGUGAAUGGUUGGUGCAUUGUGCUUACAUGAAAAUAAUCUGAUAGAAGUGUCUCGGGUUUGAUGAAGUUUUUCUUCCAUAAAGGAAUUCUCUCAGGGAAGAAAACCUGCUGUGUUGAUGGCUUCAUGUAAGGCUGUAUAAGCCGAUCUCAGAGCUAGAAGGGCAUUCUUUGGAGCUCAGAGUGGCCUCUUGCCAGCUAAGGCACCUUGAUGUCAACCCUGUGGUCGAGUGCAUGGUUCCUGCUGUGCAGUGGGAGCAGGGAAUGCCCACCCUACUCGCAUUGGUGUGGUGUGCUGGGUUAUUGCCAUGGGGCAAGCCUGCAGAUGGCCCAUCGCCUCCUCCCUGCUCCCUUUCUCCUCCAUCGUCAGUCUGUUUGAGUAAGGCUGUAGACCCUGGAUGGCACAGCCCUGGAGACAGUUACAUUAUGUACCCUUCUUCCCUGUUCCCUUUCUGUGCAUACCCUGUUCAGGAGAUGAUCACACUACGUUCAGUCUAGGCCACGAAGGCCACGUAGCACCAGUUACCCCGCCUUCUCUCCCUGUUUGUCUAACACUGUAAAUAAAGAGCACGCUGGACUCCAGG